CCGACUGCUCUGUCUUACAGAGACCUGAGUUUAUUUUUUCACCUUCCUUCUCCCCCUUAGUAAUUUGCACAUUUUGGUGAUGGUGGGACAGUCUGAACAGUACCUUCCAGAAUGCAGUGCAGCUGGCGCACACACUCCUAAGGGCUCGCAUUCUCGGAAACCUUGAAGCCCAGCGCUCCCGCUUCCCCGACUCACAGGAGCGCUGGGUCUUCUCUGGCACCUCGGGCUUCUCAGGCAGGCAGCUGACCGAGGAGACUUGGGGGCUGCCUAGCUCACUAGCUCGGAAGAAAAGCCUGACAGAUGCUAUGCAACAGGUGGUGGACGUUGUUGGGGGUGGGGGGGCUCCAGCCGGCAUGAAAUCUCACACUCCGGAUGAGCUUUAGGCUGGGAAAGGAUGCUCCCGCUGGUGUCUCUGGGGUGAUGCUAGGACAGCUGGGCCCGGAGGCUCUCCCUGAGGCUCUUCUUUCCAGGAGACACACGAGCUGUCUUGGGUGAAGACAGGUUCACAGACUUGAUCAGCAUGGACCAUUACCUCACUGUCAGACACUUUACAGUAGCUGAGGAGUUGGAAAAUUUAUAUAUACUAUAUACAUAUAUAUAUGUGCAUAUAUACAUAUAUAUAUGUAAUGAUAUUAGCCAACACCCCUCCUCCCAGUCUAAAUGCUGCGACCUUGAGAACAUUUAAAAAGAGUUUGGCCUCUAGAUUCUUUGUCUCAAAGCCCUCUGGGCCCUUUCCUCUGAGGGAGAAACCAUUCUGUCCCCACAAGGGACUUUUUUGUUUCCUUCUGCCUUUGUUAUGCAAUGGGCUCCACAGCACCCCGUUGCCACAGGUCAGAAAUAUUUCCCCAAGAUGCUGGGAAAUGGGUCCUAGCCUGCGGCCUGGGGAAGGCUUGGAGUCCUGGCUGGGAACUGUUAUCCAUCCAGGUGUUUUCCAUCUUGGAAUCUUCUCUCAAGGCAGAUGUCAGGCACCUGCGGAGGGGGAAACUCUACCACUUCCUCUUUCCCACUUCCCUCUUCUCUCCAUGCCCGCCCCGGUAAGUCUGAAGUUCUACUAGAACUGUCCUUCUAGUGCAACUCCAAGGAGCUUGCUUGCUGGCUCCAGAGCCACCCUCGGGCCCCAUGCCAGCCUGCCAUGAGUCAGAUCUCUUUCCCGGCGUCUGGGCCUUGCUGAAGUUCUUGCUAGGAGAGCUGCUGGGACUCAUCCAGUCCUCCAGAAGGUGGACUAGUCUCCUGGUGUGUUUUAAAGGAGCUUCCAGGAGCGCUGCUUAGCCGACCAUGGAUUUGGCCCCAGGUGAACUUAGUACGUCCAAGUGGAUUCCAGGUGCCGCAUCCAGUCUGGAAAGGCAUCCAACCCAACAGGUGUCCUGUGGGCAAACUCAGGAGCCCCUAAGCCUGGCCUGGAAGAAAGAUCAGCUCCUCCAGAACCCUGCCCAGGGCAGCAGGUGCCUACUGGCUGUGGUUUUGAAAGCGGGGGAGGGGAGGACGGUAGAGCACUCUCUGCUGCUCUGCAAAGCCAGCUGCUACUUCCAAACUUACUAUGCACAGUGGUCUGUUUCUGAGGUUGCUUCCUGGCCUCAGAGAACCCCAGUGGAAGUUUGGGGAACCUCUCUACUUUCUGGAGUAUGGUUUUCGGGAGCCAGCUGACUUCUGGAAUUGUGUUUGGAGAACAGGUUUAUGAAGGCCUAGACAUCAUCACCAACAAGGUUUCUGCCCAAGAGCAGAGAAUGUGCCAGCACCACAUGAUCAGCUUUGUGGAUCCUCUCGUGACAAAUUACACAGUUGUGGAUUUCAGGAACAAGGCAACUGCUCUGAUUGAAGAUAUAUUUGCCCGAGACAAAAUUCCUAUUGUCGUGGGAGGAACCAAUUAUUACAUUGAAUCUCUGCUCUGGAAAGUUCUUGUCAAUACUAAGCCCCAGGAGAUGGGUACCAAGAAAGUGACCGACCGAAAAGAGCUUGAAAAGGAGGAUGGCCACGUCCUCCACAAACGCCUAAGCCAAGUGGACCCAGAAAUGGCUGCCAAGCUGCACCCCCAUGACAAGCGCAAAGUGGCCAGGAGCUUGCAAGUGUUUGAAGAAACGGGGAUCUCUCAUAGUGAAUUUCUUCAUCGUCAACAUGCAGAGGAAGGUGGUGGUCCCCUUGGAGGCCCUCUGAAGUUCCCUAACCUUUGCAUCCUCUGGCUUCAUGCUGACCAGACAGUUCUAGAUGAGCGCUUGGAUAAGAGGGUGGAUGACAUGCUUGCUGCCGGGCUCUUGGAUGAACUAAGAGAUUUUCACAGACGCUAUAAUCAGAAGAAAGUUGCAGAAAAUAGCCAGGACUAUCAACACGGUAUCUUCCAAUCCAUUGGCUUCAAGGAAUUUCACGAGUACCUGGUCACUGAGGGAAAAUGCACACCAGAGACUAGUAACCAGCUUCUAAAGAAAGGUAUUGAGUCUCUGAAACAAGUGACUAAGAGAUAUGCCCGGAAGCAAAACCGAUGGGUUAAAAACCGAUUUUUGAGCAGACCUGGUCCCAGUGUCCCCCCAGUAUAUGGCUUAGAAGUAUCUGAUGUCUCGAAGUGGGAAGAGUCUGUUCUUGAACCUGCUCUUGAAAUCGUGCAAAGUUUCAUCCAGGGCCGCAAGCCUGCAGCUGCUCCAGUAAAGAUGCCAUGCAAUGAAAUGGAGAACAAGAGAAGUUACCACAUGUGUGACCUCUGUGAUCGAAUCAUCAUUGGGGACCGUGAAUGGGCAGCACAUAUAAAAUCCAAAUCCCACUUGCACCAACUGAGGAAGAGAAGAAGAUUGGACUUGGAUGCUCUUGCUACCAUUGAGAGUCAGAGUAUUUCUGCAGACUGUGACAAAGAGCCUGAAGAGAAAGGGUCCCCAGGGCAGAAUGAGAAAGAGCUGAAAUCUGGUGUUUAAAGAGAAAUGUCCAGUAGCCUUUGCACAGGUAGGGACCCAGUUCAGGAGGGAGGGCUAUGUCUGUGUCCCUGUCUGAACUGAGGAAUGCUAUGCAGAAAGCCCCCACCAUUUUCUUUCUGCAGUGGUGUAGUUUCAGUGUUCUUUGUCAUGGAAACAGCAGGACUUGUUAGCUCCCUGUUUGGCUGAUGUGCCUGGUAAUGAUGAUUCUGGGAAGGAAUUUUUUUUCUUUCAACCCAAAAAGUUCUAUUUUUGAAAGAGGCACAGAUUGCACUUUUUAAUACUUGAGGAUCUUUUUGGUAAUGAAUACCUGAAUUUCCUAUAUCCCUUAAAAAAGAAGUUUUAUGUCCCUGACUGUGGCUAAAAAUACCUCAUUUCCACUUCUAUAAAAGAUGACUGAAGUAUUGUGAGCCACAAAUCAGGAGUUCUGGAUUUGGGUGAAUGGCAGGAAAGGCCCAGCCCCAGUGAGAUGAUUAAGUGAACUUAGCCAGUUGUUGGAUUCCACUGAGAAGGAGAGAAGGAGGUGGUCAUGAUGUGGCUUGAAAACUAAAGACUUUGACAUUUGUUGAGCUCCUCCUGUGUGAUAAUUACUAUCACUGCUAUCUUUUUAUUGAGUUAAGAGUCUAUAUUUUUAUUAAAA